AAUGUAAAAACAAGAGGGGUCGAAGUCAACGUCAGAGAGCAGACGAGCGUUAGGUCGGGUGGUGCAAGGAGUCUGUUGAUCUGAGUUUCGGAAACCACUACUGCUCAAGUGCAGCAUUCACAAUGGCACACAUAGAGCUCCUGCAGCAAACACUGGCACAGUCUGAUCCUGACCUGUACAGUCUUGUGACUCAAGAAAAGCAGCGGCAGCUACGAGGCCUAGAGAUGAUUGCAUCAGAGAAUUUCACUAGUUUGUCUGUCACGGAAUGCCUGGGCACCUGCCUUACCAACAAGUAUUCUGAAGGUUACCCAGGACAAAGAUACUACGGAGGCAAUGAAUUCAUCGACGAGAUCGAGUUGCUGUGUCAGAAAAGAGCACUGGAGGCUUUCCGUCUGGACCCAGAGCAGUGGGGUGUCAAUGUCCAACCAUACUCUGGAUCUCCAGCCAACUUUGCUGUAUACACUGGCGUGGUUGAGCCUCAUGGGCGCAUCAUGGGUCUCGACCUGCCUGAUGGGGGACAUCUCACUCACGGCUUCUUUACGGAACGCAAGAAGAUUUCUGCCACCUCCAUUUUCUUUGAGUCCAUGCCUUACAAGGUUAACCCUCAGACUGGCCUGAUUGACUACGACAAGCUUCAACAGACCGCACAACUAUUCAAGCCCAAGCUCAUCAUUGCUGGUGUAAGUUGCUACCCUCGAGACCUCGAUUACAAGCGUUUCCGUGAGAUAGCUGAUGAAAACAAUGCACUGCUUAUGGCUGACAUGGCCCAUGUCAGUGGACUGGUGGCAGCACAAGUGGCACCUAACCCUUUCGAAUAUUGCGACAUUGUUACAACGACGACUCAUAAAACUCUCAGAGGGCCACGUGCAGGUCUUAUCUUCUACAGGAAAGGUGUGAGGUCUGUGAGCAAGACUGGACAAAAGGUGAUGUAUGACCUUGAAGACAAGAUCAAGCAAGCUGUCUUUCCUGGUCUACAAGGAGGGCCUCACAACAAUGUCAUUGCUGGCAUUGCAACAGCUCUGAAACAGUGCACCACUCCAGAGUUCCGUGCAUACCAGGAACAGGUCGUGAAGAAUGCAAAGACCCUUGCCAGGGAACUCCAGGCAUCUGGAUACACUUGUGUAUCUGGUGGUACAGAUAACCACUUGGUGUGGGUGGACCUACGUCCCACAGGGCUCAAUGGGUCCCGUGCUGAACGAGUGUUAGAACUUAUAUCUAUUGCGUGCAACAAGAACACUGUACCAGGUGACAAGAGCGCUCUGAACCCAGGCGGCAUUCGUUUGGGUACCCCAGCACUCACCACCAGAGGGCUUCGGGAAGAUGACAUUGUCACUGUAGCGAAGUUCAUCCACAGAGGCCUCUCCUUUGCUCUAGAAGUGAAAGGCUUGGCAGGACCCACCUUGAAAGAAUACAAAGCACAUUUGGACACAGAUCCUCAGUGUCAGCAGAAACUAAAGGAAAUACGUGAUGAAGUGGAAUCUUUUGCACUCAAGUUCUACAUGCCAGGAUAUGAGAAAGUGUGAAAUGAUGUAGUGAGACAAUCAUAUGUCAUAAUUGUUCAGUGGGUCACUACAGGAACUCGGGUGGGAUCUGAGAGUCCUUCCCCAAUUUUCUUUUACAGUCUUCAACAUAUAUUUUUACGUUAUUGUUAGCAUACAGCAUGCAAGUUAUUGUAGCAUGCAAAUGUUAUCACAUUCCAGGCAAGGUCUCUUAAGCAUUUCUCACACAUCUUUCUUCACUGUUGUGUAUCUAUCAGUUAUGCAUUGUUCUGCUCUAAUUGAAAUAAGAUCUAUAAUGAGAAUGUGAAAAGGACAGGAGGAGGAAUUUUUAUUCAUGUACAAAUUGAACGCUAGUGGAUCCACAGCGCAGAUGUUUAUUUUUGUACGACGCUGCCUUGAAAUGUCCUGUACCAAGGAGAAGUGCACAUUUUUAUAGUUCUAUAUUCUGCUAAAUAAACUGCACCAACAUUUUAGUA